AUGUGGUUAGAAAGAGGAGCAGGAAACAAAAAGUGAGCCCUGUACAGAAAUAUCCAGGUCCUGCAGCUUGCAAAACCUACUGCUAGACUGUAACAUCCCCAGGUGAGCUAGCAUAAUAUGUUACCUGAUUCAGCAGCAUGGUGAAUAUUUGUAGAAACCUGCAUAGCAACUCUGCUAUAAAAAGUGAAUCAGUAUAGGAGGAAUGCCACAAAUUUACUGUGACCAGAGGGCAAAAUGCUAAUGAAAUACUAUUGCAAGCCAAACUCAAACCAAACAUUCAGAUACAUGGAAAUGUAAGAUUGUUUUUGUGUUUUUAGGCAGCUAUACUAUAUACUAACUUUGGAAAGAACUCGGAUGUUUUAGGACUAUCUUCAGCUUUCUUUAUUAACAUUCGGGGUAUAGUUCGAAUCACUUCACUCUGCAGGACUUCAUUGUGCGCUGUCGAUGUUAAUCUGCAUCAAGGAAAAAAAAGGAUUUUCAAGGUUCUGUUUAGGAUUAUUUUUCAUUUUCAAGUGCAUUAAACUACAUCAAGAAAGAUUUGCUGGACUUUAAACAGAAGAAACUACAGCUGAGUUUUUUGAGCAUAAAGGAGACAAAAUGCAGAGGACAAGGCUGUAUGGAGCACAGUGGGAUCAAGGCAAGCAUAUAGAUGUUGAGAGGCGGGAUGAACGAAGAGAUGAAGUAAAGCUCAAGAAGGGCCUGAACAAUUUAGAAGAAGCCCAUCAGUACCAUAUGAAUACAAUGAUGAGAGAGCAGCGCAGAAUACAAAAAGACCUGAGUAGGAUUAGGCAAGGUUAUUCUAAAAACAAGCCAGUUUUUAGAACAUGGGCACCAGGAGCUGAGAGAGAACGGUCAUCCAUUGGGCCUAAGAAAACCUUGUUGCCCACAAUUUCAUCUGGAGGUGGCACAGAGUCACCAGGAUGGAGGACUCAAAGAUCCUUCUCAACAAAAAAGAGCAUAUUUAACAUCACAGCAGGACAACCUCAUACUCUGCAGAUGCGAAUUAAUAGCUUCAUUGAAGAUGUAAGCAGCAGAAAAGAUUUAAAAUCAACAGCCCAGACACCAGAAGUUCCUGAGCGCAUUUCAACACCAAUUGGGAUGCGCAAAGUCAAGACAGAGUCCUCUAUUGCAGACAUCAACAUGUCCAACAUAAAACUUUCCAUAGCAAAAAGGCUGAGCAUAUCUAGGGAGCCAAGUCAAGAAGGAUUUACAAGUGACAAUAGCACCAAUGUGGCAUCGGUAAAUCAGGACAAGGCAAGUGAAGAUGGAAAUGCAAGAGAAGUUUUCCAACAAAAUGCAUCACUUCAGCCUCUCUCCAAUUUUUUGGAAAACCCAGACAUUGACACAGAGGCCUUUGCACCAGAUGGGAACCUUCGGACAAUGCACACAUUGCCAAAUUUUAUGGAUUCGCUUGCAGAAGCUAAGAAGGCCCGCUACAUUCGUUACAGAGGAUUUCCAGAGUCUGAGAGAGAACUCACUGUUACUGAAAUAUUUGGGCAAGAAAGGAAAUCAUUUCAGAGGAGUUCUCCUGGAGAAGAUGUAGCUAAAACAUUAAAAGGUCUCAAAACCUUAUGAAGAAAUGCUAAUUUGCAAACACAGAAAAGUGCAUACAGCUCUUCUACAAGAAGUACUGACUUUCAUGACUUUAUAAUAUACAUGAAUUUGUAAAAAUGAAACAAAUGCUACUGUUUAAAACACAUAUUCACUUUUGCAUCACUAUGUAAGCAGAGCAUACAUUUCAUUCCAAAAUGAUUACGGGAAAUACAUGUAAUCUGAUAUUAUUAGGGAAUAUCCUUGCAAAUACUAGAUAGAAAAGGAGAAUUCAGUGAGUUAUAAUAGCUGGAAAAUAAAAACACAUCAUUAAUACAACUUCUGAACAUUUAAAACUAUAGCACUCUCUUAUAACAUUGUAGCAGGGAGUCAGAAAGAAACGUAUUUUGUCAUUUUUCAUAACAGGACAAAUUCCGGUAUUAGAAGUCAUAUAACUAAUGCUAUUUAAAUCUUUGUAUAGGCUUAAUGUAAUUAUUUAAUAAUGUACACUCCAUUGAAUAGGUUUAACUUUAUGAGGAACAUCAGUAAUUCUUCGAGAAACAAUUCCUAAUUUUUAUGCAGAAAUCACAGAGCUAUGCGUAAGUAUGAAUCAAGCUUGGAGGGAAUUAGAUAUGAUUUCUGGAUGAUGUGAAUGAUGGGCUCAUGCUGGUAUUUUUAAAUUUAAGGCAAAAAUUGUACCCAGGGUGUUUUUAUUUAUUUCAUUUCCUUUUGCUGAAGAAGAAAUAGCAGCAUGAAUGUCACUCAGUGUCCAAGGUAACAGCAUAAAGGUCAUUAGAAUGCAUGCAUGAAAAGUAUCUGUUUGCUAACAUUCAAUAACUCUUGGGCAGGUAUGGGUACAACAUGGGGCAGAUGCAUGUAAAAAUUCUUGGCAUGAACUAUGUGCUUUUGACACGUGUAGCCUGUCAAUGCAGAACUGCAGACUAGCUAGUUCAUGGGUAUGUAAGGCAGAGCUGGGAUGAGAAGGCAGGGACUAUCAUGUCACAACUAGCAUGGCAUCACAAGUAUCACUUGCCUCUGUACUGUCUGCUUUCCAGGCUUCUCAGCAAUGCCUUCUUCACAUUAUAUAUCACAACUGGUUUCCUCUUCUCCAUCAGUAUGGAAAUCAGAUGCAAACUGCAUCUGUUGCAUGGACUAUAACCUAGGUAUAUUGUGAAAUGAUAUUGUAUAAGGCAGAAUCAUUUAGAAUUUGUUUAGAAUGACCUUAAAAAUCUGAGGAAAGGUAGGCUAGGGGGCUAGGGGGUCAGUAGAAUUAGAACAUGACUGGGAAAUGACAGAGUGAGAAAAAGAACAUGUUCAUAACAUGGAGCAUGAUUUGUAACAUGACAACAGAGAAGAGAUGUGGAAGAUAUAAUUAUUUACUACAUUGAGUCUAAACAUUAAGAUAACAAUUGUGAGAAGUAAGAGGGAGAUAAUUUCUUAUACAAAACAUUAUGAAGAACAUAGCAGCAACGGAAGGUUAUGGAAUAUGGUUUAUGACUCUCAUGUGACUAGUGAAAUCUGAUUUACCUCAACUUAUGCACUGAAAAGGACUGAAACAGGGAACAAGGUGAAAUGGGGGUGGGUGAGUCCCCUUUACCCCUAUGGAGGAAGCUCUAUACCUGCAUAUGCUUUAAUAUUAUAAUACCAUCUGAGGUUGUGCACCCUUGAGAAACAUUAAAAAAAAUUCACAACUGAAUCUAUUUAUUUUAUUAGGUGCAUAGAAGACAUAAUUAGAACCUGCUACACUUUCUGGAUGUGCAGCAAAGCACUGACAGGCCUUACUGCAUUUCCAAGUUGGAGCAGCUGCAUAGGAUGGACACUGAAAGCUGCUACUAUGCCUUUAAGACAAAAUACUAGCUUAUUUAACCAACAAUACAAGGCCCUGUCCUUGUGGUACCCAGUUUCCAGGUUAUGCAACUCUGUUUUUUGCUACACAGACCAGGUUAUCCAAUAAUUCCUAAAGUCAGUUUGCCUUCUAAUGGCAAAACAUAUCUACCAAUUUGCAAUGUUUCACAUCUACAUACUAAUAAUUUAGAUAACUUUAUUAUGUUUAAACUAAAAUGGAAAAAGAAAGAAAAACUUAUAAACAAAAUGAUUCAUGUGCAGAAUGUACAGAAUCCAUAAAUAUGUUCUGAAAACAAUAGCACUUAAAACAGAAGAAUUUAAAACAUAGUACAAGAUCAGCUCUAACUGCUGUUAGUUUGGUAGCCGGUAGCUGCAAUGAUAUAUUUUUUUUUCAGCAUGGGUACUGACCUCAAUUGCAUGAGUAAAACUGGAUUUACAACAGGCAUGCUGAUUGGUUUACCCAUUCUAGAAUAUUAAUGAGAUUAUAUUGUGCAACAGAAAAAAGAAAAUGUCCCAAAAGGAUAGUUAGUCUUUUAUCUGAAUUCAAUGAAACAUUACUCCAUAGGUAUGAAUCUGCUUCUCCAGAGGAAAAAGUUGAACAAAGGUUGUUUUCUCAAACAAUCUUUGUUUCUUAGGAUGAUCUCUUAUACAGAUCUUCAAAAGUUACAAACUUUGUAACUUGGGAUAUUUUCAAUUAGUCCUAAGACAUGACUUGUUUAGGUAGGAUAGAUAUCUAGGAAGGCAAAAUAAUGGCUUCUUCAAAACUUGUGUAAUAGGAAAAAGUAGAUGUUAACAAGGACUGCAUGGGUUUGAAAGGAAUGAUGCAGAGAAAACAUGGACUGGAAAAAUGAAGACAUGGACAGUAGCUUGAAGUAUGACAAAGAGCUAGAUAAAUGAGGAGCAAUGUGGGAUAGACAAAUAAUACUACAAACUGUUUUUUAACCUCUGAAGAAGCUUAGAGAAAGUAGACCAAUAGUUCAAGGAAAUUGCUGGAGGUGCAAGCAAAUCUGUUGCUAUGCAUGUGUGGCAGAACUGUGGGACAGUGAGUGUGUUAUGGAACAACUUGUAAAAUAUGCAGAGGAGUAUAUGAGAAAGAGUCCCCAGGGACAUGAUAGUCAUGUACCAGCCAUACCAAAACAAAACUGGAAAAGAGGAGAUAUCUGUAAGUAAUAUACCAUAAAUAAGAAAUAAUUACAAUUAAAUAUUAUGAAAUACUCAUGCACAUAGAUUUCUCUAAUUAUAUAUUGUUUGAGAGGGCAAUGACUGAGAAAAAGGUUAUAAAGAGCAGUGGUAACAUUUAAUGUAAUAUAAAAGCAACAGAGUGUUUCCGUUUAUGGACUAUUUAUAAUAUACAAAUGGUGAUUUAAUAUUUUCAUCUAGCAAGACAACAGUGUGUGUACACAUUUGUGUAAAUGUUUCUGUAUUUAAUACAAUAAAAAUGACUGAGAAAAAUAAUCCGUUUUCUCUACAAUUCAGUAAUACAUUUUUGUUAUUAAGUGGGGAAAAAGUAGAAUGAAUGUACCAAUUUCUUUAAUGAUCUAGAGUCAUUUCAAAAGAAGAGCAGUAAGCAAGUCAAAACGUUUUUUAUGAUACAAUUUGCUGUUUUCUGAAUAAAAUAAAAUGGCAAUAAGCUUUGAAUUUCUAGUGACUAUUGCAUACCUUAAAAAUAACAUGAUAUCACCAUGCAAUAGUGAUCACUCUGCUGCAUGAAAGGACAAAUGUACUUGAAGAAAAAUUGUACUCAGACUUCAGAGUAAGCUAAGACAUACUGACAGAGUGUUAGAGUCAUUCCUUAUAUAAUUACAGGAUUUAUAAUUACUGCCACAAUUAAAACUAAACUAAAAAAAAAAAAAAAAAAAAAAAGAAAACUCAAGCUCCAUGGGACCAGAAAGAUACCUGUUAGUUUCUUCUACAGAAACCCUAUCCAAAUCCCUAGCAACUGUGUGAAACAAAAAUGAAUAAGUACACAGAGACAAUCCUGACCUAUGAUAACAAGCUGUAGUAGUGUUCCUAAUCUGUGAUGACAAUAUGUAAUGGUAUUCUCGAUCACUGAUGAUGGACUGUAGUGGUAUUUCUGAUCUAUGAUGAUGGCUGUAGUGGUAUUUCUGAUCUAUGAUGAUAGGCUGUAGGGUAUUCCUGAUCUGUGAUGAUUGGCUGUAGGGGCCUUCCUGAUUUAUGAUGAUAGGCUGUAGUGGUAUUCCUGAUCUAUGAUG